AUGGCUGACAAGGAGGAAAACGCAGCGCUGAAGCAGGCUACCACUGAGAAUCACUGCAGGCGGAUAAAGACCCUGGGCGACGGUUACUACUGCGUGUCGGGCCUGACCCAGCCCAAGGCAGACCACGCCCACUGCUGUGUGGAAAUGGCGGACAUGAUUGACACGAUCGCGUCAUGGGUGGAGGCGACGGAGGUGGAUCUGAACAUGCGUGUUGGUCUGCACACGGGACGGGUACUGUGCGGCGUGCUGGGCCUCAGGAAAUGGCAGUAUGACGUCUGGUCGAAUGACGUCACGCUGGCAAAUGUAAUGGAGGCCGGAGGGCUGCCUGGCAAGGUGCACAUCACGAGGAACCACCUGGAGUGUUUGAACGGAGACUACGAGGUGGAACCGGGCUGCCACGAGAGACAUGCCUUCCUUCAGAAACAUCACAUAGAGACAUAUUUCAUCGUGCCAUCACACAGACGUAAAAUUUUUCCAGUCCAUCUGUCAGACAUCAAACCAGCCAAGAGGAUGAAGUUUAAGACGGUGUGCUACCUGCUUGUCCAGCUGAUGCACUGCAGGAAGAGGUUCAAGGCCGAGAUCCCCUUCUCCAAUGUCAUGACCUGCGAGGAUGACGACAAGCGGAGAGCCCUGCGGACCGCGUCGGAGAAGCUGAGGAAUCGGACGUCCUUCUCAGCCACCGCCGUGCAGCACUCGCCGGGAACGCGAGUCAACCGCUACAUCGGUCGGCUCAUUGAGGCGCGGCAGACUGAGUCCGAGACAUCAGACCUCAACUACAUCACCCUGUUCUACAAGAGAAGAGACAGAGAGCGCAGGUAUCAUCAGGUGUAUGACGACCAUUUCAUCAGUGCAGUGGUUCUCUCUCUGAUCCUCGCUGCUCUGUUUGGCCUUAUCUAUUUGCUAAUGAUCCCACAGGGGAUGCUGGUGCUGCUGCUGCUGGUGCUGUGUGUGUGUUUCCACGUGGCCUGUGUCAUGUACCUGCAUCUCACCAGUGUUCAGUGCCAGCCGGGCUGCCUCACCAUCCAGAUCCGAACAGUGCUGUGCAUCUUCCUCGUUCUGCUCACCUACUCCGUCACCCAGGCCUGUGUGGUGGGAUGUGUUCCUUGGGGGAUGGUCGGGAUGAACUCCAGCGACCCGGUGGACGACGUCCCCGCAGACACCAACAGCACGGGAGUGGACCGAGCCUGUCCCAAUAUGGCGUACGCCCUGCUGUCCUGCGUGGCCGGCACCCUCACUCUCGUUCCCUACCUCCGAGUCUCCUCGCUCCCCAAGAUCCUCCUGCUCCUCCUCCUCUCUGUCACCUACACCGUCGUCAUGGAGACCAGCGGCUAUCGCCAAGCUGUGGGAGGAGGGUUCCUCCACACGCGGGGGUACGAUCCUGUGUUGGCGGUCCUGCUGUUUUCUGGAGCUCUGGCUCUGCAUUCAAGACAGCUGGACCUGAAGCUGCGGCUCGACUAUCUGUGGGCUACUCAGGCGGAGGAGGAGAGAGACGACAUGGAGAAGGUGAAGCUGGACAACAAGAGGAUCCUGUUCAACCUGCUGCCGGCUCAUGUGGCUCAACACUUCCUCAUGUCAAAUCCCAGGAACAUGGACCUGUACUAUCAGUCCUACGCUCAGGUCGGAGUGUUGUUCGCCUCCAUCGCCAACUUCAACGACUUCUACAUCGAGCUGGACGGGAACAACAUGGGUGUUGAGUGUCUCAGGCUCCUCAAUGAGAUCAUCGCUGACUUUGAUGAGCUGAUGGACAAAGAGUGCUAUAGGGAUAUUGAGAAAAUCAAGACUAUUGGCAGUACAUACAUGGCUGCAGUAGGGCUGGUUCCUACAACGGCCUCCAAGGCGAAGAAGUCCAUCACCUCACAUUUAUGCACAGUGUCAGAUUUCGCCAUCGAGAUGUUUGACGUCCUGGAUGCCAUCAACUACCAGUCGUACAAUGACUUUGUCCUGAGAGUAGGUAUCAACGUGGGGCCGGUGGUCGCAGGAGUGAUUGGAGCCAGAAGACCUCAGUAUGACAUCUGGGGAAACACAGUGAACGUGGCCAGCAGGAUGGACAGCACUGGAGUACAAGGAAAGAUACAGGUGACGGAGGACGUGCAUCGCCUCAUCACCGACCACUACAACUUUGUCUGCCGCGGCCAGGUCAGCGUGAAGGGCAAAGGCCAGAUGCUCACGUACUUCCUGGAAGGGCGCACACAGGGCAGGAGGCCGUCUCAAGUCCAGCAGCAGAGCGGCAACGCGGAGCGCCGGUCGAGCGCGUUCACCCACGGCAGCGUGUGCACCAGGCUGAGCCCCGCCCCCACCGUCGCCACCUACGCCACCAUCAGGACCCCGAGCCCAAGCGUGGCCAAACCGACCACCUCCACCAGCACCACCAGGUACCUGCCCUCUGUCCCCACGGCAAUGGUGUGACGGAUGCUGUCUCCAUGGUGACCGUGGAAAAACAAGAAAACGAGAGUGGAUGUGGGGAAAUGGCGCAGAUGGCAACAAGAUAGCGGGUAGCAGAGAGAGCUUAUUAAAAGAUCAGAGCCGUUGUCCACUCUUCUUCUACUGUCUGUGGGACGCAGAGAGGCGGAGACACUGAUCGCCCAAUGGGACGCCCUGGACUCGUGGAGGGGGGUGGGGGCUCGGACUGAUCACGGCGGUCUGAGGCGGCCUCGUACUCUCCCUCCACACUCGAGCCACCCUGCUUGUUGUUUCACACAGCGGGGUGUCACGGACAGGAUACAGGAGGCUUUAGCCACGUUGCUCUGUAACCAAUCAAAGGCCAAGGGUGUCUCCGCGAUUUCAGAGUCGACCCCGCGGCUUUGAUAAACUAAAAACAAAAACACACAAAAACACUAUCAACAUCAUUGAUAGUGUAGCACGCAAGCCUCUCUCUCUCUCUCUCUCUCUCUCUCUCGACGACCACAUCCGGAAAUUCCUUUAACAACUUUAGCGACCCCCCUUUUUUCUCUCAGUAUAAAACCAAAUCAGUGCUGUUGCCUUAGCGACCACUCCUCACAACAAGUUUCUUGCCAUUUUUUUUUUUUUUUUUGUUGCCUUUUAAGAUCCUUUAUCGAUUCAUUGGACAUCAGCUCAGAUGAAUUAAUUACAGGGGGCAUUACUGUCCACGAGAUACACGUUUUCUUUAAAAGUGGAUGAAGCCAAAUGUAUAAUUGUAAAUGGCAGUUCAUGGUAUAAAACUUGCAAAAACACCGCAGGGCAUUGCCUUCAAUCAUUCCCGGGUCGGGUGAUACCAUUCCAUUCGUGGGCCCCCUUUCUCUCACUUUAAACCUUCAAAAAAACGGCACAUGAGCUAAACUCUUGAUUCCCUGAGCCCGAGCCGCUCAGCGUCUUUAAGUGCAUGAUGCCACACUGCUGCAUUCCAGUCAUGUUUGCUGUCUGUUUCCUUCCCUGUGAUGCUUGACUUCCAGAUUCUUCCUCGUCAAAGUGUAGCAAUAAAGCGGUCUGUCCUAUCUAUCUCAGCCUAAUUCACCCGCUCCCCCACCCCUGCAUGCUGUAGCCAGCUGGAUCCUAUUUUGACCUGAUAGUGUAUGUAGCCAAUAGAGUGUGCAUAGCUAUAGCCACACACGGUCUGUAUCUCUGUGGAGUUGAAAAGCAUGACUUAGAAAACUUAUUUUCUGUAUUGUGCGAGUGUGAUUCCUUCCUCAUGGAGUUAUAUUUAAAAAACAAAAAAGAAAACUUUUUUCUGCGUGCUUGUUUAUUAAGAAAUAUUUUCUAUGGUUCAAAUAUUCUGUUUUACUAUUUUUAUGAACUCAAAGCUGCUUUGGUAAAGGAGAGGUGACACCUGCGUGUCUGGCUUCCUCAUAUAAAAUCCAGAUGAUUUAUUUUAUAGUAUAGCUAUAAGCAUGCGACUCACGGUGUGGCUUAACACGGCCAUUGACUCUCCUCUGAUCUGUCCUAGCAUGCACUGCCUGCAAGCCUGUGGCUCGUACAUGCAUGCUUUGAUGAAACAUUAAUACAGGCCGAGCGGCGGACACACAGUGACUCUGUUUCAAUGUAGUCCUCAUGCAUGCGCUAAAAGGUAGCGGUCCUCUUGAAUGUAUGGUGCUUUUUUGACCCCGUUUUUUUUUUGGAGUUUGGUGUGCAAACCUUUUCGAGGACGUUUUUUUUUCUGGUUCAGGAUGGUUUGACAUCAGGCCGGAGGUCCUUCCUCCUCCUCCUUCCUCCUCCUCCUCCUUCCCCGCUCCUGCUGUAGUCAACAGGUAGCCGGUUUUUCAAAUGUGCCAACCUAUUUUCAUAAACAUAUCAGACUUUUCUUGUCGAGCUGUAGCACAACUUGAAUGUGUGGCUACGGCGAUCGUGGAUUUCCUUCUGUUGGAUGCCUGUAUUUUUACUGUUUGAGCUGUUUUUUUUUCUUUUACAGUUUUGUAACUCAAAAAUGACGGCAAAGUGUUUUUGCUUUUGGAGAGAUUUAUUUGGACACCAUAACCGAAAUGACGUUGUUGUACUUCUUAUGAUAUUUGAAAUAGAUUUUAAAGUCUAUAUAGUAGCUUGAAUGCUUACUUUGAGUUUCUAAGAGAUUAAAAAUGAGGAUUUUUAUACACUUGCUUUAAACAGUUGAUGGAAAGUCGGUGGAAAGUAGUUAUGUACAAUAUUUUUCCUGUAAAUUGGAUAUUUUCAUACUGUAUGAUACGGGUUUCAAUUGUUAUAUGUAGGUAUUACUAUCUAUUAUUGUACAUUGUAGAGUCUUUUUCAGAGAUAUAUUAUGAAUGAUCCGAUAUUUGUCGAGUUCUUUUGUUGAAGAUGUAUUUAUCGAGAUGUUUUAUGUGAAUGUACAUUUUGUUAAAGACGAUAUUUUAUACUAAGUGUUUGCACUGCGAUGAUAUUGACGUAUUACGAUUAUAAAAAUAAAGCCAGCGGGGACGAGUCUCCUGGAGUAAGA